AUGGCAGAAUCUGGAUUACCGGUUUUUCCGAAAUUUGCUGUCCAUGCUGAGGGAGCAAUAGGUACCCGAUGGAGGAAAUGGGUACAGAGACUGGAAAACUUAUUCGUUGGAAUGAAAAUCACAGAUAACAAGAGGAAACGUGCGCUACUCCUUCAUUACGCUGGCGAGGAAGUAUAUGACAUUUUCGACACUUUUGCCGAUACAGGGAAUGACGAGAAUUAUGACCAAGCCAAAGAUGCGUUGAAAAAUUACUUUGAACCAAAAGUAAACAAGGAAUACGAGCGGUACGUUUUCCGACAAACAAAGCAAUCGGAAGGUGAAAUGGUGGACACAUACCACACCCGAUUGAGACAACUCGUUACAAAAUGUGAAUUUGCAGACAAUGAUAGUGAGAUCAAGUCUCAGAUCAUACAGAGCUGCACAUCAUCAAAAUUAAGAAGAAAAGCGCUUAGUGAGGAGAUGACACUCAACAAGCUACUAGAAACGGCAAGAACAUUAGAACUGGCGGAGAAGCAGGCAUCGGGAAUCGAAAAUAACAAUUCCAGUGUGAACAAAAUACACCAAAAGGAAUCAGGACAAAGAACUCAUCAUUGGAAACCAAGGCGAAAUCCAGAGCCGAGAACAAAAGGUACAUAUAGACAGAGUUCUAAAUGUUAUAACUGUGGCGGCCAUUACCCCCACAAGACAAAGUGUCCAGCAUUCAAACAAAUCUGUAGUAACUGUGGACGAGAAAAUCAUUUCGCUGCUUAUUGUAAAUCAAAACCCCAGUUUAAGAAAAAACAUGUUAAACAAAUCCAGGACUGUGAUGAAGAUGAUGGAUACGUAUUCAGCGUCAGGAACAACUCUACAACAAAACAACCAAAGUUUAAUAUUACGCUUAAUGGGCAACGCUUUCACAUGUUGAUUGACACAGGCUCCAGUGUUAAUAUUUUGGACGAGGUCACAUUUUCCAAACUGCAUCCAAAACCUAAACUGAGCAAAUCAAGUACAAGAAUUUUCGCAUAUGGUUGUAAAAACGACAUAAAAACGUUUGGAUAUUUCACUGCGACCAUUGAAACAAAGUCCAAAAUAGCUGUUGGAAAAUUCUAUGUAGUCGAAGGAAAUUGUGGUACACUCCUAGGAUACCAAAGUGCCGUAGAUCUUGGUAUCAUACCAGUGAUCAAUCGUUUGUCAACAGAUGUGAAUGAAAUAUGUGAAGAGUUUGCUGACCUGUUUCAAGGAAUUGGAAAAAUAAAAGAUGUAAAAGUGAAAAUUCACGUCGAUAAAAGCAUCAAACCUACUGUUCAGCCUCACCGACGGAUACCUUUCCAUUUACGAAAGAAAGUAGAAGCAGAGUUAAGAAGGCUUGAGGAUCUUGACAUCAUCGAGAAAGUAGAAGGCCCUACACCUUGGGUUUCACCAAUUGUCGUUGCACCCAAACCGAAAAAACCAGAUGAAAUUAGGAUGUGCGUGGAUAUGCGUUUACCUAAUAAGGCAAUUCAAAGAACAAGACAUAUCACACCUACAGUUGAUGACAUAAUUCAUGAUUUAAAUGGAGCCAAAAUCUUCUCAAAAUUGGAUAUGAAUGCAGGGUAUCACCAAAUUGAAUUGGAAGAGCAAUCAAGAUACAUAACGACGUUCACAACUCACAGGAUCAAGACUAGUGAUUCCUUCAUCACUACAGAGGAAAAUAGUCGACAUAGCACAUGA